CAGCGGUGGUCGAGGUUGUAGCGACACAAGAAACAAAAGUUUCUGUCACCCCAGCGGGUGGUUUUGCAAAGAUGCCGCUGAUAGAGCUUUCAGCACGCAAUUUGACCCGUCAGUUAAGUGAUUCCUGUUUAGAUAAUGUGUGGCAACCCAUCAUGCAAAGGAUGGUUGCCAAAGUGCAGGACGGCAGUUGGCGAGGAGCCAGUGGUGGAUCACGAUGUUGCCCAGCGCGGUGCACAAUGUGAGCCUGGUCUAUGCCCUGGUCUGGGCCAUCGAUAACUUCUAUGGAAGGGCCACCAGCACUCCGCUGGCGGUGGUGCAGUUCGCCACCAGUCGGGAGAGUCGGGACAUCCACAACGACCUGAUAGACGCCGCCCUGGUCAGAUCCUCGGAAACGUGUAGAAUCCAGUUCCUGCUGGAGGAUGAUCGCUUGGAGUUGACGGAGUCGAAUGGAGAACUGCCGCCUCCGAGUGGACUGACCGGCAGACCCAUGGCUAUUUGGUUCCUGGACAGUCUGCGUUCCUACUUCCGCCUGGAGAUGUAUCUCAAUCAGCUGGGCAGUCCGUACAAGCGGAAUGGCUACUUUGUGGUGGUCUAUACUGGACUGGAGGAUCAGCCCAUGGAGUCCGUGAAGAUCAUGUUCCGGCGUUUGCUAAAUAUGUAUGUGUUGAAUGUGAAUGUAUUUCUGCAGCGAGAGGGAACUGUCCAGUUGUACACCUACUAUCCUUAUGGACCGCAUCGCUGUCAAUCCUCGCUGCCCGUCUACUACACCGCCUUUCAGGAUCUGCCGGCACCGGCCACGGGAUAUGGCCUUACCAAGCCCCUAUUCCCCAGCAAACUGGUCAACCUGUAUGGCUGCGAACUGGUGGCCGUCACCUUUGAGCACCAGCCAUAUGUGAUCAUCGAGGAUGAUCCCAAGAAUCCGGGUGGACGGAUCAUGCGCGGCAUCGAGGGCAUGAUCUUCCGAUCCCUGGCCGAGCGGAUGAACUUCACCAUAAAAAUGGUGGAGCGAAAGGACAAGGACCGCGGCGAAAUCCUGCCCGAUGGAAAUUAUACGGGAAUUCUUAAAAUGAUGGUCGAUGGCGAGGCGAAUAUGACGUUCGUAUGCUUCAUGUACAACAAGGCUCGUUCGGAUCUGAUGCUGCCCAGUAUUUCCUACACGAGUUUUCCGAUUGUUCUGCUGAUUCCGAGUGGCGGAUCCAUGACGCCCAUGCAGCGAUUGACCCGCCCCUUCCGCUACAUCAUAUGGUCCUGCAUUCUGGUUAGCCUGAUCCUCGCUUUUCUGCUCAUGGUCCUACUGAGGAUUACCGCUGUGCCGGUAUUGAGGAACCUAGUGCUGGGCAGGCACAACCGUCAUCCGUAUCUGGGCAUGGUGAGCAGUCUGCUGGGCGGCCUGGCGUUGUACAAUCCGCGCAGGAACUUUGCCAGGUAUCUGCUGAUCUUAUGGCUUCUGCAAACCCUGGUGCUUCGUGCCGCCUACACGGGUCAGUUGUAUCUCCUGCUGCAGGAUGUGGAGGUUAGAUCGCCGCUAAAAACACUCGCGGAGGUGAUGGCCCAGAACUAUGAGUUCCAUAUGCUGCCCGCCCUGCAGCCGAUCUUCCAACACUCGGUACCCAAAAGCAAUAUCAAAACGGUGUUCUCGAUGGAGACCUCAUUGGCUCGCCUUCGGGACGAAGAUAAUCCGGGAAUUGCGGUGCCGCUGCUGCAGCCCACAGUCUACGAGUUUGACUAUCGAUCCGGGCCAAAUUUAAGGCAUCUGACCGCCCUGCCCGAUCCCCUGAUGACCGCCCCUCUGACCCUCUAUAUGCGACCGCAUUCCUUCUUCAAAAGACGCGUGGAUCGCCUCCUCAUGGCCAUGAUGUCAUCGGGAAUUGUGUAUCGAUACCGCCGGAUGUAUCUGGACCGCAUCGAACGGCUGGCCAAGCGGCGCAACAUGGAACCAAGGCCCCUGACCAUCUGGCGACUGGGCGGGGUAUUCAUCUGCUGUUCAGGACUACAAUUCCUGGCCAUCCUCGUCUUUAUCCUGGAACUUUUGGCCAGGAAGCACUCGCUAUUAGGAAGGGCUUUGAAUGCAAUCAAUCGAUACACGGCAUGAGCUAUUUAUUACA